UUCUUGCUCAGUAUCAGGAACAGAACUGAUAGUGACUGGACUCCAGCCUGCUCAGACCUACAGCAUCAGUGUCACAUCACUCUCCAGUGCCAUGAGGAGUUCACCUCGGCGAAUCCGCUGUUCAACUAAAUCAACGGUGAUCUGGGUUCCAGUGCUGGUCAUCAUUCUGCUGGGCCUCCUGGCAGCAAUGGGAGUGUUUGUGCUGCGAAGAAAGCCAGAGUUGCUCAGGUUACUUUUGGACAAAACCAUUUCAGUAAAGAAAUUUCCAGAUCAUUUAUACCUCCUAAGCCGUGAUGAGAAUCGAGAGUUCUCAGUAGAAUAUUCGCAAUUGAGCACUGUAGGAGCAGACCUAAGUCAGCGUGAAGCAGCUCUUCCAGACAACAAGAGCAAAAACAGAUUCAUUGAUAUACUGCCAUAUGACUGUUCUCGUGUGAAGCUCAGUACACGUGGCCAGAACUCAGACUACAUCAACGCCAACUUCAUACCCGGCUAUGGGGGCAAGAAGAUGGAAUACAUUGCGGCUCAAGGUCCACUCAGCUCCACUGUCAGUGACUUCUGGAGAAUGAUCUGGGAGCAAAACUCUGAACGGAUUGUCAUGGUAACCAACUGUGUAGAGAAUGGAAAGGCAAAGUGCGACCAGUAUUGGCCUCAGGGUCCUUCUCCAUGUCGCCAUGGUGACCUACUCAUUAGCAUGACAUCAGAGCGUAAAGACAGCAACUGGACCGUGCGGGUAUUGAUCGUAAAAAAUGAGGCCAAAUCCGAGGAAAGGCGAGUUAAACAUUUCCACUUCACCACCUGGCCAGACCAUGGUGUUCCUAACGGAACCGAGGAACUGAUCCAGUUCUGUGGACACAUUCGGCAGCACAUUGACAGUUCUCAAUCCUCAGGGCCCACAGUUGUGCACUGCAGUGCUGGAGUUGGCAGAACAGGCACUCUGAUAGCCCUGGAUGUGCUGCUGCAGCAGGUGGAGAGAGAGCAAGCCGUGGACAUUGCAGGGAUUGUCCAUCGCAUGAGACGCCAUCGGCCACGCAUGGUGCAAACAGAGUCCCAAUACAUAUUUCUGCACCAGUGCAUCAAGGACUUGUUGACCCAAAAGAAACCAGAAGAGCCGUUAUAUGGUAACACAGCUGCUAUUAACACAGAUGUGAUUUACGAAAACACUGCAGCCAUGACUGUGGAUGGACUAGGACCACAAGAAUGAACUAGAGAGUAGGGCGGGGCGAUAUGGCCUAAAACGAAAUUCUCCGAUUUAUUCACAUCAAAUCCCAAUUUAUUAAACAUGGAUGCCACAACAAAGAUCAAAACACACUCUCAUUAAUCUUAAACAAACAACUGUAUUUGCUUAAAAAUAUGGUGUUAGACACUUCUGGAAGAAGGAUAUGCGGCAAAUUCCCAAGUGCACGUUAAAACUGUUGGACA